GGCCGACCGGAAGCGCGAGGGUAUGACAGAGGAGGAGGUUGCUCGUGUUUGUCCUCCUGAUGUAUACCAUCAUCAGUGGAGGGAGCUUGUUCACUAUUGGUUUUCCGAGAGAGGACAGACAUAUUCUGACAUUGGUCGAGCCGCACGAGCAUCUCAGACAAUUCCUCACACUUCAGGCUCGAAGAGUUAUGCGAGGCUCAGAGCUGAAUUCAUGGAAGACCAUGGGAGGAAACCUGGUGAGGUGGAGUUCUAUAAGAUGACUCACAUCCAUCGAGAUGGCAACUUUGUCCGAGAGGAGUCGAGAGAUAUAGUUGACAGAGCUACAUCCCUUAUUUCAGAGCGUAUCGGAGAGUCAUCUUCAAUCGGCAACACCAGAGGUGUCGAAGCUCAGGUGUUUACCGAAUUGAUGGGCUCGAAGCGUUAUGGUCGAGUGAGGGGUUAUGGCGUUGGAGUUACCCCCACUCAGUUGUCUGCAGUGGGUAGAUAUACUCAAGAUGUUAGACAGAGUAGUAGUACUGCAGAGGUUAAUGAUCUGAAGGCAGAGAUAAAAGAGUUGAAGCAGAGCCACCAGACAGAGAUGCAAUCUUUGAGGGCUCAGAUUAAUCAGAUUACAUCUUUGUUGCAUCAGUUUGUCCCUCCUUAG